AGGUUCAAUUGGGCGGUUGUUGAGAAGUUUUACGCAGUAGUCGCGCAAUGCGGUGGGGUAGCAGCGCGACUGUAAGAGAGGUUAGAUUGAGCGCAGGAGGUUAUGCUGGUGAUUGUAUGUACUGGUAAUGCUGGUUGUGGUGGUGUGUGGCGGUGGUGACGGUGACGGUGAACGGUCAUGAUGAUGGGCUUCGGAGAUGUUGGUUGCUGCAAAGCUUUUGGAUCACACACGCUUGCCGGUCUUGGCGUUCCUGGGACCAACACGUUGCCUGUUCCGCCGACAUCUACGACGGGAAAAGACUUACAACAUUUCCACGAGGAAUUGAGCAGUCCUCCGGCUUUGCAUUUCAGGCCAUAUUUACGCCCCAGCUACGUCCACCGCUAAUCUCCCCGUUUUCUUUUUGUCCGCCUCCCCGCGCGGACGGGCCCCUAUAUCAACAAUGCGGUGGCUUCUUUCUCUGCUUCUCGUUGGGCUCUGGGGAGCUGUUGUCCAUGCGCUCAGCAGCGAUGGCAACCGACUGCUAGCCAUUCUAGGCAAUGUCACAGACAAGGACUUGUUCUCGACAUUCUGGAAGGAUCUAGAAGGUCGGGGAUACUCUAUAUCAUUUCAAUCACCCAAAGAUGAGGGCCUUUCACUAUUUAAGCAUGGAGAGAGAGCAUAUGACCACAUUGUUCUUCUCCCUCCAAGCAAGGCAAAAGGACUCGGGCCUGCAUUAUCGCCCAAAGCGCUGGUCAAUUUUAUGAACAGCGAAGGAAACAUUCUCCUCGCCCUCGCAGGCGGUUCAGCGAUUUCCAGCACAAUCAGCUCCCUCCUGCUAGAGCUAGAUAUAAACCUCUCUUCUGACCGCAACGCGCUCGUUGUCGACCACUUCAACUACGACACCCUCUCUUCUCCUGAACAACAUGACGUUCUUCUUCUCCCCCGGCCUAAAGCACUCCGCCCAGACCUUAAAUCAUACUUCUCCGGCGAAGGAGUGGUCGCCUUCCCCAAAUCUGCGGGCCAGUCAUUGGGAGCUGCCAGGCCGUUACUUGCUCCAAUACUUCGAGCUCCUGAGACGGCAUAUAGCUAUGACGCGAAGGAGCAGGAACAGACGGUCGAAGACUCGUUCGCGUUUGGGUCGCAGAUUUCAUUGGUCUCAGCAAUGCAGGCAAGGAAUUCGGCCCGGUUAACGGUCAUAGGGUCCGUGGAGAGUCUUAAAGACAAGUGGUUCUCGGCCACCGUUAAGGGCCCGAAGGCUGGGGAACAGGCACAGACGGUGAACAGGGAGUUUGCAAAGCAAGUUAGCGCUUGGACGUUUAAGGAGACUGGUGUGGUUAAAGUGGACAAAGUGCAACACUACUUGAGUGCAGAUGCGGUUGCGGAAUCUGCUCCGUCGAAUGAAUCCGGAGAACUGAACCCUUCGAUAUACCGGAUAAAGAACGAGGUGACAUUUAACAUCGAGCUCUCCGAGUACGACUACGACCACUAUAUCCCCUUCGAAAUCCCCGAAGAAGACGCCAUUCAACUCGAAUUUACCAUGCUAUCGCCCUUCCACCGCCUCACUCUCAAACCCGUGGCCAAGACCGCAAAUAGCACCGUGUACAGCACCUCAUUCACCUUGCCCGAUCAACAUGGUAUAUUCUCGUUCCGCGUCAACUACAAACGGCCUUUCCUCACCAACGUCGAUGUAAAGGAGCAGGUCACUGUUCGGCAUUUCGCUCAUGACGAGUGGCCCCGUAGCUGGAAAAUCACAGGCGGCUGGGUCUGGAUUGCGGGGUUGUGGUCUGUUAUUGGUGGUUUUCUAGCUUUCGUCGCAGUAUGGUUGUAUUCCGCCCCCCCAGAAACGGAGGCAAACUGGUCUAAGAAAGUCCAAUGAUUGCGCAUGUUGUGUCUGUGUGUAUCUGAUAUGCAUUAAUUUGGCAUUUGUAUUUCAAUGUCUAUCAAGUUUUCUUUUCUUUUCUUUUUUUUCCUUCGCAUUUGGGGCUCUUCUAUAUUUCUUUUUUAUCUUGAUGCGGGCUCAAGGACGCAGAGGCCCGAAAAUGACGAGGAAAGGUUCAGUUUAUGUUCCUAUAAUGUAUUUUAACACUUGUGGUUUAUACCUGUCUGUUUUGGCUGUUCCGUUUCAUAUUUUUUUAUACUUUUAGAUCCACAUAAAAAGAGAAAGAGAUGAAUUGGUGUCGGGAAUGUUAGCAGUCAUACCAGUAUCUCUAUUAUAAUCAAGCUAGGGAGUUCCUGGUGAAGAAACGAUUUUUGGUUUUGGUAACUCAUCGCAAUGGUCUAUAAUUAUACACUCAAUCAAAGGCGCGCUAUUUAUGUGAGGCGUAUCCGUCCGUAUGUACUGUACAUCAUAGCUGGCUUGGUGGGCUCAAAAUAGCUGCACAAUCAUCC